GAUAUCGGUGGAAAAUUUUUAAUUUUUUGUGUCAAUAAUAAAUAACAAAAUUAUCUAUUGAAUUAUAUGGGAAAACAUAGCUAAAAUAUAAAGAAAAACAUUGAAAUUGUUGGUGAAAAACAGUAUUUGAAAACACGGAAAAAAAAUUAACACAUACAUACAUACAUAGAAACUAUAAAAAAGGAACAAACGAUAACACGUCAGUUAACAAGUGUACUGAUUUAGUAAGAGAGACAGAGAGCAAGAGGCGAAGAAUAGUAUAAAAGAGAAACGUAAUCAAAACAAGAAAAAAAUUAAUAAAUAAAAGAAAAUAAAUAGAAAUUGCUAAUAACAGUAUACUUUUACAUCAUAUACUUGGCGUUUAAUUAGUGUAAAGAAAAAUACACAAAGCUAAAAGGUCGACUGGGCAAUAACAAAAGAAUUUGCAAUUAAAAAUUAAAAGUAUAUUAUAUAUUUGUAAAAUAUAUAUAAAAUAAAAUAUUUUGUAAACAAUUGUAAAUACGGGGACAAAUGGUUAGCAUGGAUGAAACUAAUACAGCGAAUUCAUCCUCGGCAGCUGCGGUAGCUGAUGGAGCUAGUGCUGCUGCACACACGAAGACCGUUGGAGCAGCGCCCAUUAAAUCUGCCUCUCAUGUAAAACUUUUGAUUAAGUCAUCUAAUCAGCAGUACGAAGAUCAUGUGAUUGAAAGUGAUUUAUUGUGGACCGUCAAACGGCUGAAGUCUCAUUUGUCUGUGGUUUAUCCUAGCAAACCGCCCGCCGCUGAUCAAAAACUGAUUUACUCUGGCCAACUUUUAAGUGACAAUCUACUAUUAAAGGAUGUUAUACGCAGCUAUAAAGACGUUUAUACACACAACCAUAUAAUACAUUUGGUUUAUACGCCCAAAAAUUUACUCCCAUCCCCAGCUUCAACAGCUAACAAAACGAAAACCUCUUCAAGCUUAAACUCAUCAACGGCAAACGGCGCUGGAGGACAAGGUAGUGGUGUAGGAACAACCAAUAAUAUGUCAGCCACAGAUGGUUUACGCCAAAGACAAUCUGCUGGCAACAAUAGCAAUAGCCAGCAGUCUCCCACAGCUCAAAUGCAGCAACAGCAGUCUCCAUUAUUCCAUCAACAAAUGCAUCCUUACUUUAUGGCGCCGCAGCUAAUGUCUGCUGCUGGUGCAUUUCCUCAAAAUUUAGCCACCGGCUUUGGUGGCCCUUAUAAUGUACAGGCCAUGAUAACACAACAGACUGCCAUGUACAAUUGGAUGCAACAGGUUUAUUCCCAAUAUAUGGAACAGUGUUUGAGAUUAUCGAACACUGUCAAUGCUGCUGGUGCCUCGGACAAUACAAGCUAUCCCCCAGCAUUUCCAACAAUUCCAACAAAUUUCCAACAUUUAUUUCAACAACAAUUUCCCUCAACUGUGAUGACACCCGUAGUUCCAGCAACUACUGCCUCAACAGCACCAGCUGCAGCAAAUGCAGCCGGCGAUGCUGGGGCUGCCGAAAGGCAAGAUCAACAGCAACCAGCGCUGGCGCAAGUUGCUGCAGCACGUUUUCCUAACUUGCCACAAGAUGAACAGGAUAAUCGUGAUUGGUUGGACAACUUUUUCUCAAUAACACGUUUGGCUUUGUUUUUGACCCUACUCUAUUUCAAUUCAUCGCCACUCAGAUGUUUGGUGGUUGUGAUCAUUGCUGGUGGAAUCUAUUUAUACCACAUUGGAGUAUUUCGUUUCCGUCACGAACGCAACAAUAACAAUAUAAAUCGCAACAAUAAUGCAGCUCAAAAUGCUGCUGUCGAUCAGAUACGACAGGGUGUAGAUCAACAACAGAAUGCUGCUGCUGCACCCGAGGGACAAGAGAAUAAUGAGAAUAACGCAGAAGGCGAACAGCAACAGCAGGCAGAAACUACAACAGACACACCAGAGAAUGCCAACAAUGAAUCGAUAAUGUCCACAAUACGUACUUUUGUGGUGACAUUUUUCACCUCACUAUUGCCCGAAACGCCGGCGCUUUAAUUUCAUUAAUCCAAAAACAGGAUGGUAAAGAAAUUGUUAUUUGUUUUAUUGCUUUAAUUCCACAAAACGCCCUAGUUCCCUCUAAUAAAAAUCAAUUAUGUAUACCUUAAUAUAUUCCUUCUUAAAUAUUUAUGUUAAUUAUUCUAAUUAUAAACAAACGAUAUAUACAAUAUGAUAAUUGGACACUAUAUUAGUAUAUUUUAAUGGUUUUUUUUUCAAUGGAAACUUUUGUGUUUCUUAAGAUAAGCAAGCAACUGCAAACAUAUUAAAAAGCAGUCCUAAGUUUAAAUUAUCAAUUUCACCUUAGGAGACAGACAGACAGACACCUUUAUUAUAUUAUUAGUUAUAAAUUCUUAAUUUAAUAAAAAUUAUCAGUUCAAAAUUUGGAUUUAUAGGUUUAAUCCAAAUUAUAUUUGCUUUAAAUAAAUUAAUUGAUACUGUGUAUAUUGGAAAGAGUCGAGAAAGCGUUGAUGAAAUUCUAAAAAAAUUUAUGUUAUUUAAUACACAUACAAACUUUUCGUUUAGUUUUAUUCGUAUGUAUAUGUAAUUAUUGUUUUCUGCUUAGUUUUAGUUUAAUUAUGAAAAAUAAAAUACCGAAAAGAAUAUAUAUAUAUAUAAAAAUAAAUAAUUUUAAUAAAAUUUAAUAA